AUGGCCAACGCUGGAAUACAGCUUCUUGGCUUCACUUUGGCCUUCUUGGGCUUCAUUGGCUCCAUAGCAUCCACAGUCAUGGUGGAGUGGAAAGCUUCAUCAUAUGCAGGAGACAACAUCAUAACAGCUCAGGCGAUGUAUGAAGGGCUGUGGAAGAGCUGUGUAUCACAGAGCACGGGUCAAAUUCAGUGUAAAGUGUAUGAUUCACUUCUUCAACUACCAGGGAUUGUACAGGGCACACGUGGGCUGAUGUUGUCCUCCGUCUUGCUGUGCUUCAUUGCCAUCUUGGUGGCGACGGUGGGUAUGAAGUGCACAACCUGUUUGGCAGAGGAGCCACAGCAGAAGGGCAAAGUGGCUCUAACUGGAGGAAUUAUCUUCAUUAUUUCAGGUCUGCUUGCUCUGGUGGGAACGUCUUGGUAUGGCCACAGAAUAGCAAAGGAUUUUUAUAACCCAUUCACUCCAACCAACUCAAGGUUUGAAUUUGGAAGCGCCCUAUAUGUUGGAUGGGGAGCUGCCUGUCUCAUCAUUAUCGGAGGGGGGUUCCUCUGCUGUAACUGCUCCAGUGGGGGCUCAGGAAAAUCUCCACGCUACCCACCAUCCCGUUCUGCAGGCCAGCCGGACAAGGACUACGUCUAG